AUGUGUCUAAUAUGCGGGGCACCGGAAGGUGAACCACAUUUUGGAGGAAUUUGUUGUCGAGCGUGUGCAGCCUUCUUCCGACGAUAUUUUCAUUCCAAAAAAGUGUCCAAAAAGUGUACAUGUAAAGAGAGAACAAUAAAAUCACAUCCAUGUAGAAAGUGUCGAGUUGAGAAAUGUUUGAAGAUUGGAAUGACACCUGAAAAAAUUCAAGGUGGUCGAGACAGAAACACAAUGGAUCAUCUACAAAUGAUACCAUCUGGAAGCUGCUCUCCAAGCAGUCCACCGUCUUUACUUACCGCUCGAAUAAUUUCCCGAGCUACAUCUAAUUUAGAAUUCGCAUAUUCAAACUGGAAACAAUUCAACAGGAUGAGACGAGAAGUUGGUGGAAUAACAUACGAUAUGAAUAUUUAUGAUUUAACCUCUUUGACUAAAAUAGAUAUUGAAUUGACAUGGAAUAUGGUCAUUUCUAUGUUCCCUUCUACCAGAAAACUAGAGGAAUCUGAUAAGGCAGCUCUAUUACGGAACUUUCAUAUGAAAUUUUGGAUGAUUGUACCUAUUUUCGAUUGCAUAGAAAAUCCGGAAUUUUAUGAAAACACGAAAGAAGAAGAUCAUAAAAACAUGAUGGUCGAAUUUUAUGACGGAUCAUUUGAGAAAGGGAAAGAAUUGACGAAAAAAGAGAUUGUGAGAAUAUUUGAACCAUAUUGGGGUUCAUUCUAUACAAAAACGGUCCCUCCGAUAGUUGGAUUGAAUUUGGAAAAAGAGGAAUUGAUGGCGGUUCUUUGGUUAUUGUUUUUUGAUAAUGGAUUCAUAAACAUAUCUUCCGAGUGUUUGGAAAUGUGUCGAAACAUCAGAAAAAUGAUUCUUCGAGAACUGAAAAACUACCAAACGGACCGAAACUACGAUGAAAUGCGUUUCUUCGACACUGUCGAAACAUUGGAUAUAAUAGAGAAAGGAGAGCAGAAAUUUAUGGAAGAAUUGCUGGUUUGUGAGAUGCACAAUGUCAGGAUACAUGACGACUUCAAAGCGAUUCUCAAGGAAAACAAAUUCCUCACCCCUCCUCUCAUGUGCCUAAUCUGCGGAUCCGAAGAAUCUGAGCCUCACUUCGGAGGGACUUCUUGUCGAGCAUGUGCCGCUUUCUUCCGUCGUUACUUCAAAUCCAAAAAAGAGAAUAUAAAUUGUACAUGUAAACAAAGACAAUCACGAUCACAUCCAUGUAGAAAGUGUCGGAUAGAGAAGUGUUUUAGUACUGGGAUGACACCGGACAAACUCCAAGGAAAUCGAGACAGAAAUUCAAUUGAUUUUCUGCCAAUGACACCGUCUGGAAGUUCUUCAGAGAGCUCACCACCAUCAUUAUUAUCUACUCAAAUAGUCCCACGAACGACAGCAAACUUAGAUUUUGCAAUUCCGAAUUGGCAAAGAUACGAAAAAAUGAGAGAAAAAUAUAUAGGCGGAAUAAUGGAAUGGAUGAAUAUAUACGAAUUGACUAAAAUGACAGAAACGAAUUAUGAAUUGACGUGGAAUAUGGUCAGUAUUAUGUUCCCAUCCACAAGUAAACUGGAGGAAAAAGAUAAGUCAGCUCUUUUACGAAACUUCAUUCCAAAAUUAUGGCAGAUUGCACCGAUUUUCGAUUGCAUAAAGAAUUAUGAUUAUUACGAAAAGUUGAAUGAUACUCAGUAUGAGAAAAUGAUAGUUUCGUUUUAUAAAGGAUCAUUUGUGGAAGGAAAAGAGUUAUCCAAUAAGGAAAUUAUGAGAGUUUUUGAACCUUUUUGGGAUUCAUUUUACAACAAAACUGCUCCUCCGAUAAUUGGAUUGAACCUGGAGAAAGAAGAGUUAAUGGCUAUCAUACAGGGCUACACAAACAUCUCGUUGGAAUGUCUGGAAAUGUGUCGAAAUAUCAAGAAAGUGAUACUCCGAGAACUGAAAAACUUCCAAAACGAGAAGAAUUACGAUGAGAUGCGAUUCUUCGACACAGUUGAAACAUUAGAAAUAAUUGAUCGAGGAGAGAAAAAGUUUAUGGGUGAAAUGACGAUUUGUGAAAUGCAUAAUGUCAGGUUACACGACGAGUUCAAAGCGAUUCUUAUGGAAAAUAAAUAUUAG